AUGACAGUGCACGGACGAGAGAAGACUCCUUGCCCGCUCCGCCUGUCGGUCGCGUUAGAAGCGGGGAGAGGAGUUGGUCGGUAUGCAGUGCUGAUGGCUCUGUGCGCGCUGUGCUACGGCAACUCUCUGCAAGGGGAGUUCGUGCACGACGAUGUGUGGGCUAUCAGCAAUAACCCCGACGUCCGGCCGGGGUCCAGCCUGCAGAACAUCUUCACCAACGACUUUUGGGGCAAGAGGAUGGCGGACAACACAAGCCACAAGUCGUACAGACCGUUAUGCAUCCUCACCUUCAAGUAAGUUCGCUCUCUCCCCUCUCCCCUCUCCCCUAGCUCUCUGUGGUUAUCUUCCCAGCAAAGUCGCUGUAGUUAACUUGAACAGCUGGGUCUCGGGCGGGAAUGAGAAACUAUGUUGCUUAAGUGACAAUGUCCAAAAAUGCGCUGGUCUCGUCAGCCAUCCAACCUGUGAUCCGAUACAAGUGAUACCAUGUAUCGGAUCUCCGAAAUAGGCUGACGUCAUAGGCUAGCCAACGGUAGGUUUCUUCUUGCUAUGAGCUAGGUUGAGCUUGGUCGAUCGCCAGCGUUUAUGAACGACGCACAUCUGUACCUACCAUAAACAAACAUGUAUGUAGCCUAAUGGGUUUUAAACAGAUUGCUACCGCGAUCCGCUUGCGCAGUUAGCUAAACUUGUUUAAGCGUACGAUGAACGCUGCUCGCUCGCAAGAAAAGCAGAUCUUAUUUGUGCUCCUUGAUCUUAGAAUAUGCUACAGAAAUGCAACUUAAACAUUUUUCAAAUAGGCUAGAUUCGACAUACAGCAUGUUAGCUGGACCGGGCAGAUGUUGACCGUUUUUGCCUACACACUUGUUGCUUGCUGUGGAAUCCCUGAAAGCGCACUCACUUUCAGUGUAUUUUGGUGGAUAUGUUUUACGCUGCAGAACAUUGAUAAACCGCAUUUCGGGAAAUGUGUGCUUCAAUGUUGUUGCGUGAAGUAAACAAACAGUCGUCGUUCAAGGGAACUUUUCCAGCCAGUGUCAAUUUAAUGUCUGGGCAGCACACACUGGAGAGGGCUUGUCACAGGCAGCGCAAUGGGACGCGGGAGGGGUCUGGCUCUCGGCGCCAGCAUUAGUCAACCAGAAACAUUAAUAGCCUCAGAUUGAUGAAACACCUACAGCAGACUUGUUGAAAGAUGUGUUGAUAGGAAAACUACAAAAAACCGUAGGCUCUGUUUCUAUCUAGCACACGUGUAGGAUUGAUAAGAUGGUGAAGUGAAGUGUUAUAAUAAUACACUUUUCCAGCAGGUCUUUAUGUAAUCAGUGAGGGCCCAAAGUGCUUGGUUUUCUUCAGCAGGCAAUACAGUUGAAAUAUAAAUAAUAGAUAGGAAAAGACUGGAAUACUAAUAUGAACCAUCAGGCGGUAGGUAACCACUGGAUAGACCCAUUCUCUGCCUGGUAAAGCUUUGUGCUUUUUCUUUGUAUAGGGCUGUGGACACACACAUACACACCAUCCUAUGUAUGGGACUUAUCUAUUCUAAUACUUUGAUUGCUUAGUAAGACAUCAUCUCCACCGUCAGUCUGUCGCUGUAUCCUCUGACCUCUUCUCAGAGCCUGAACCAUCUGACAACCAUGAGCUGCUCCUCCCCGACACCGUACGAUGCGCCAGCCAGAAAAUACAUUUCAAAGAAGUGUUUCUUUCUCAGUGCUACAUUCCUCAGUGUUGAGCGUAGAUAUCAACAUCAUCUUUUGAAGAGGGCAUAUUCAGAGCUGAAGAUGUGAGAUGCUGAUUAUGACAACAGAGAUGUUGUCAGCUGCUGCGUGUGUGUGUGUGUGCUGAAUCCUUAGUGCACUGGUUAGGGGGAGAGGGAAGGCUGAUGUGCUGAUACUUUUAAUGGGUUUCUCUCUUUGAGGAGAUGGAUGGAGCAUCUGGUUGUGUAGCGCUCUCCUUCUGGUUCUGCAGUUGGUUAACCACACAUUGCUGCCAAGCAGCUGAAUCUCAAUCUACACAUAGCCCAAAGCUGGCCAGAUGCAUUCUCUGUAGUGUGUACGCUCACUCACUCACGAAUACACAUACACAAGCUACUCCUAGAUGUCUGUCUGUCUCAUGCCUGUAGUCUAAUACUCAGUGACGGCACAGAGAGAAGGGAGGAGAUGAGUUGUCAGUGUUGGUACAACAGUGUAAAGACACUCGUCAUAACCUGCUGAUGCCUCUGUCAUAUCCUCUGUCCCCUCCAAUACAGCCAGGCUGCCUGGUGACAGUUACUGUGUCCUUACAGAGCUGGAUACCUGUCUGUUUCAGCAUUGACCAGUGUACCACUCUACCUGCACGGCUAAGCACUUCUAUCUUGUAUCCCAAUACAGGGACUAUAUAGUGUUGUAGCUAGGCAAUGGUAAAACAAAUAGGACAUCUAUACAGUGGUGGGCCUAGUGUUUUUCCUGCUCAGGUGAUGUGGUCUGGAAAACGUCCAGAUCCUAGUCGUAGGCUAUAAGAAAGGCCUCGUUUUUCCUGGUCAGUUCACAUUGUCAGGAAAUUGUCCACUGUCCAGCCUCUGGUCUCUAAUUGAAAUGUAUUAGUCUUAAUAUCAGAGUGCACAUCUGCCAUGACUCACUGAGAAGGCCUAUAACCAGAUUACAUCAGAGGUCUGGCUUACACAUGUUCAGGGUUAAUACCCUUUCCCCAGGGCAUCCUACAACAUCCACCAUGCAUGAUCUAUGAUUUAACAGGGGUGGAGCCUGCUUUUCAUCAUCACUUAAUGGAUUGGCCAAUGGCUUAUAUGAGACGUCCCCAUUAUCGCUUAUGUAUGACAAUCAGCUCUACAGUCUUUCCCCCAUUAAAACCCAUGUUUAUAUUCUCUUCAGAUUCCCUUCUGUCUAGUUUAGUUCUGUUUCAGAUUCUCCAAGUCUUUCAUCCUGGAAAUGUAUGGGUUUCUUCACAUUAGGAGUCAGACUGUGUUUAAUGAUGAGAGAAACAGGCUGUUUUACAGAGAUGGUGUAAUACUGUAAUUGAAAUCAUAAUGGAGGGUUGGGAUUCUUCUCUACUCUGAGACGGGGGAGGAAUCGCUUAAUAUAAUUUUGCAGGUUUUCCUACUUACAAAGCAUGUAGAGGUCUGUCAUUUUUAUCAUAGGUACACUUCAACUGUGAGAGAUGGAAUCUAAAACAAAAAUCCAGAAAAUCACAUUGUAUGAUUUUUAAGUAAUUAAUUUGCAUUUUAUUGCAUGACAUAAGUAUUUGAUACAUCAGAAAAGCAAAACUUAAUAUUUGGUACAGAAACCUUUGUUUGCAAUUACAGAGAUCAUACAUUUCCUGUAGGUCUUGACCAGGUUUGCACACACUGCAGCAAGGAUUUUGGCCCACUCUUCCAUACAGACCUUCUCCAGAUCCUUCAGGUUUCAGGGCUGUCGCUGGGCAAUACGGACUUUCAGCUCCCUCCAAAUAUUUUCUAUUGGGUUCAGGUCUGGAGACUGGCUAGGCCACUCCAGGACCUUGAGAUGCUUCUUACGGAGCCACUCCUUAGUUGCCCUGGCUGUGUGUUUUGGGUCGUUGUCAUGCUGGAAGACCCAGCCACGACCCAUCUUCAAUGCUCUUACUGAGGGAAGGAGGUUGUUGGCCAAGAUCUCGCGAUACAUGGCCCCAUCCAUCCUCCCCUCAAUACGGUGAAGUCGUCCUGUCCCCUUUGCAGAAAAGUAUCCCCAAAGAAUGAUGUUUCCACCUCCAUGCUUCACAGUUGGGAUGGUGUUCUUGGGGUUGUACUCAUCCUUCUUCUUCCUCCAAACACGGCGAGUGGAGUUUAGACCAAAAAGCUCUAUUUUUGCCUCAUCAGACCACACGACCUUCUCCCAUUCCUCCUCUGGAUCAUCCAGAUGGUCAUUGGCAAACUUCAGACGGGCCUGGACAUGCGCUGGCUUGAGCAGGGGGACCUUGCGUGCGCUGCAGGAUUUUAAUCCAGACGGCGUAGUGUGUUACUAAUGGUUUUCUUUGAGACUGUGGUCCCAGCUCUCUUCAGGUCAUUGACCAGGUCCUGCUGUGUAGUUCUGGGCUGAUCCCUCACCUUCCUCAUGAUCAUUGAUGCCCCACGAGGUGAGAUCUUGCAUGGAGCCCCAGACCGAGGGUGAUUGACCGUCAUCUUGAACUUCUUCAAUUUUCUAAUAAUUGCGGCAACAGUUGUUGCCGUCUCACCAAGCUGCUUGCCUAUUGUCCUGUAGCCCAUCCCAGCCUUGUGCAGGUCUACAAUUUUAUCCCUGAUGUCCUUACACAGCUCUCUGGUCUUGGCCAUUGUGGAGAGGUUGGAGUCUGUUUGAUUGAGUGUGUGGACAGGUGUCUUUUAUACAGGUAACGAGUUCAAACAGGUGCAGUUAAUACAGGUAAUGAGUGGAGAACAGGAGGGCUUCUUAAAGAAAAACUAACAGGUCUGUGAGAGCCGGAAUUCUUACUGGUUGGUAGGUGAUCAAAUACUUAUGUCAUGCAAUAAAAUGCAAAUUAAUUACUUAAAAAUCAUACAAUGUGAUUUUCUGGAUUUUUGUUUUAGAUUCCGUCUCUCACAGUUGAAGUGUACCUAUGAUAAAAAGUACAGACCUCUACAUUACAUCUCAUGGAGAAAUGCUUUUAUAGAACCUGAACUAAUGGUUUUCAGUACCUGGGUGUGUAAUGGAGAUUUUAGUGUUGUGUUAUAACUUUGUGUGGGUGGGAAAAAUGUAAUUUGAACAGUCUAAUAUCUACAGAUAUGGGAUAUAUUAUAUGACAUUUCCAAAUUGCUUAAAUCACCCUUAUUACGCCAUCAAAAAGCUGAUUUAGAGGGAGAUCAUAUGUAUUCCAAUAUACUCUGUUUAAAAUAAUCAGGGUUUAUCCAUUUUAAAUUGGGUAAUUACGGGAAGGGAAUAUAUCCUCACCGAAAACAAAAUAAAUGUAAUUGUAUUCAAUUCAUGUUAGAUACCCGUCCUGAAUUUAAUUGACUGAGGUCGAAUGGAAUUGACCCCAACCGUGAUUGGUCAAUUGGACUGUAGUCAUUGGUGAUGGUGGAAACUGUAAGGGAGGGUCACAGUUCCCGAGACAGUGUGGCUGUGAUACAUUAGAAGCGAAUGUUUCAUAUCCUGCAGUUUUAGUUUGAAUAAGACUAUUUUCUCUCUAAUUAUGAUGGUAAAAUGGUGAUUACAAUCCUAUCUCUCUCUCUCUCUAUCAGAUUGAACAUCCUCUUGGGUGGAAUGACCCCUCUCUAUUUCCAUGUGGUCAAUGUGUGUCUUCACUGUGCCGUGACCUGUCUGCUCAUGCACACGUGUGAUCGUUGCGUGUUCGACGACCCCCGUCUGGCCUUCCUCACCGCCCUCCUCUUCGCUGUGCACCCCAUCCACACUGAGGCUGUGAGUAUGCACACACACACACGACCCCCUCUAGCAGACAUGACUCUUCUCAAUGACUCCUCCCUCACAUGUAAGACCAAUGACAUGGAUUCAUUCACAUACUGUAGAUUAAGGCUACCUUGUGACACAUGCAGUCAUCCUCUGACAUGGUCAUCUGUGACUAACUGUGCCUUCACAUGUGAGACAAGCUCGGGGCUCUCACACACCCGUCUCACUACUGGGGAAUCAGGUCCCUGUUCAAUAAGUCCCGAAAGGCAACCUUCCCGUUUUCAUAUUACAGUUCCAGCUCCAUGAAUUUAGUUUUGAAUGUUUGAAAAGUAGCGAGGCAAGUUUUAGAAUUUGGGAAAUGUAUGCAAAUCCUGUGUGGAGGAGAAUUCUAAUUCAUUUUCACAGGUGAAAGAAGAGGAAAGACUGUGUUAAAGUUAGAGCUCUGCAGAGACAGUGGUUGAAACAGAGAGAGAUGAAAAGGGUGAAAGAGAGAGAGAGAGAGAGAGAGAGGUGUCUGUGUGUCUAGCUUCCCCAUCAGCCAUAGUCUUCUUUAGUGUUAAUCCUACAGUUCCCUUCAUCAUUCCAUCUGGCCCCAGGCUUCAUCGCCCAACCUCAUCCCUAAACCAUAAGCUAAUCAUGGACCAACCUCCAGCUCAUAAUCCCUGUCCACAUCCACUCAAAUGAGUCUUUAGCUUCCUAGCUCAUACCAGCACUAGCCUCCCUUGCAUAGAUUUUCAGGAGCUUCAGUCCCAUUUCCACCCAGUGUCAGUCUGCUAGGCAGUCAUGCAGUAUGUAGUCAGUCAUUCUGAGGGCUUGGGCUGAUGCUGGGGCUGUGUAGUGGCAGGUCUUUGGCAGUGUUGUGUCUGCAGUGAGUGACUGUGCCAGUGGUGCCAGAGCCUGAUGAACUCAGUGCAGUAAACCGGUUAUGUCAUUAGCCAGGGGACCAGCUGGAGUUCACUUCACUUAUACUGAUGAGGAGGGAUACACACACCACAAACACCCCACAAUCAGACAGAGAUUAAAAAGUGGCCUAUCCCUCAUCCUCCUUCUCUGUGAAGCUUCUGGCAUCACACAGUCCCUGUCUCCCUAUCCAAUAUGGCUGCCAUAAAGAUGCAGUCAUUCAGUUCUGCAGCCAGUGAAUGGAGGUGCUGUUCAAGGCUGAAAGCCCUCUAUUCAUCCCACUCUCCUCUCCUCUCUUCUCAAUGGCGGCUGCUGACACAGACUGGUCAGGUCAUGUUGGGAUCCCACUGACCGUCUGUGUGUCUCUCUGUCCACUUAGGCACACACAUGGUUGGCAUGGCGAAGUAGAUGUUGUUGAGUGUCUUAGCUGUUGGGAAAAGACAGGCCAGACAGAGUUGAGGGACACCAUACUGUAGAUAUAAUCAUUUUUCUUGUGACUUUUAACACCAUGUUAUUGAGAAAAUGCGUAUUUUGCAGACCUGAGAGAGUGUGUGUUUGGGUGUGUGGGAUGUGUGUGAUGCAUGUGUGUGGUGUAUGUGUGUCCUUGGGCUGUACUGUAUAUUCUACUCCACGUGUUGAGUUUAGAGUGGGGGAGCUGCAGCUGUGUUCAAAUUCCUGCUAAAUUAUGUAAUUGGCUAGAAUGAGGUAAUCUGCGUUUGUGCUGUGAACAGAGCCCAGUGUGUGUAGAGCAGAUCAGGCCAGGAGACAGCAGGGGAGAGGUGGGUGAGCCAUACUAUUACAGCAGCUAUGGUUAACACAAUGGCUAUUAUUGAAACACCGUUGUCUCAGUUCGAGACAGAUCCCUGUAUCACUGUCACCACUGUGUCACCACUGUCAGAGGUACCGUAUAUCACUAUAGGUUUAUGGACAUGUGUGGUGCUGGGUUAAAGAGGAGUAGUACGGUACUGACUAGCGUCCUGCCCAGGGGGUGUACUUGUACAUCAAGCUGCCUCACGCUACAGAAACAGGAUGGGCCCAGGCCGUUCUGGCUUGGACAAGGCUAAUUACUUACUCUACUGUAGUAGGGAGUGUGUGGUGGGGUAGUACUGUACUAGGAGGUGUGUGGUAAGGUAGUACUUUACUGUAGUAGGGGGUGUGUGGUGGGGUAGUACUCUACUGUACUAGGAGGUGUGUGGUGGGGUAGAUACUUUUAGUUUAGGGGUGUGUGGGGUUGUGGUGGGGUAGUAUUUUACUGUAGUAGGGGGGUGUGUGGUGGGGGGUAGUAUUUUACUGUAGUAGGGGUGUGUGGUAAGGUAGUACUUUACUGUAGUAGGGGUGUGUGGUGGGGUAGUACUUUACUGCAGUAGGGGGUGUGUGGUGGGGUAGUACUUUACUGUAGUAGGGGGUGUGUGGUGGGGUAGUAUUUUACUGCAGUAGGGGGUGUGUGGUGGGGUAGUACUUUACUGUAGUAGGGGGUGUGUGGUGGGGUAGUAUUUUACUGCAGUAGGGGGUGUGUGGUAAGGUAGUACUUUACUGUAGUAGAGGGUGUGUGGUGGGGUAGUACUUUACUGCAGUAGGGGGUGUGUGGUGGGGUAGUACUUUACUGUAGAAGGGGGUGUGUGGUGGGGUAGUACUUUACUGUAGUAGGGGGUGUGUGGUGGGGUAGUACUUUACUGUAGUAGGGGGUGUGUGGUGGGGUAGUACUUUACUGCAGUAGGGGGUGUAUGGUAAGGUAGUACUUUACUGUAGUAGGGGUGUGUGGUAAGGUAGUAGUAAUAAUAAUAAUAAUAAUAAUAAUAUGCCAUUUAGCAGACGCUUUUAUCCAAAGCGACUUACAGUCAUGCGUGCAUACAUUAUAUAUUUUUUUGUGUAUGGGUGGUCCCGGGGAUCAAACCCACUACCUUGGCGUUACAAGCGCCGUGCUCUACCAGCUGAGCUACAGAGGACCUUACUGUAGUAGGGGUGUGUGGUAAGGUAGUACUUUACUGUACUAGGAGGUGUGUGGUAAGGUAGUACUUUACUGUAGUAGGGGUGUGUGCGGUCAGGAUAGAGUACUCAAAUCCCCUCUAAGGGAACAGCAUGCUCCUGAGUUCCAGUCUUGAGGAACCCUCUCGCCUCACGCCGUGCCUCAUGCCAGGAAGGGUUGUGGGGUUAUGUAGGGAGAGAGAGAGAGGGCUAAUACACAAACACUCACAUGUACGCAUGAACACACACACACACACACACAAAUCAGUACCAAAUGUCCCAUUAGACAGUUCCAGGGGGCAGGGUGUGUCUCUAAGCACCUUCUAUUAGAAACAGCUGCAGCCCUAGAGGGGUGUGGUACCGAAUGUUCUAGAUUGUGUGUUUCUCACUGCACGCAGGCGCGCACAAACGCACACAGCUGGUACUCCAUGGGGUAGGACAUUAAAGGUCUGAUUUAGAUAUUUUAAGUGAGUGUUAGGGCUGGGAGUGUUUGUGAGUUGAGAUAUAUUGUUAAAGAAUGUGUGUUUGUGUGUUUCUGUCUCUCUCUGUGUGUGUGUGUGUACCGAGAUGACACUGCUGAGUCACCUUCAUUCACAGUGGGAGGCAGGGAUGGAUGGAGGAAGAUGAAAGGAGAGAAAGAACAGAGGGGGGAAGUGAAGGAUGAAGGGCAAUCGGAUGAGGGGGUGGGAGAGAGGACGAAGUUGAAAGGGAUGGGAGCGCCCCUCCCCCUGCUUUACUGAUGAGCUUCUACAGCACAGUUGGUUAGGAGCCUGUAGUCACUUUAUCCCUACCUACAUGUACAAAUUACCUCGACUAACCUGUACCCCCGCAUAUUGUCUCUAACCGGUACCCCCUGUAUAUAGCCUGGUUAUUGUUAUUUUAUUGUGUUACUUUUUAUUAUUUUUUACCUUAGUUUAUUUUGUAAAUAUUUUCUUAACUCUUUCUUGAACUGCAUUGUUGUUUAAGGGCUUGCAAGUAAGAAAAUACAAAGUGUUGGAAUUCCUGAUUCCAUAUAUGAUCAUGAGUCAAAUAAUGCCUGAUGAGAGCACCAUCAGGAAUAAUACCAACUUUGUAUUUUCUUAAAUAAAAACAAACGAUUACUCAGUGAUUACUCAACAACUACACUAAAAUAAGUGCAAUAUGCGUGUGAAAUCAAUAUGUAAACAUGGCUCAGACAUUGUAUAGGCCUAUUCUAUAAUAUUUUCUAACAAAGAGAAGAAUAUGCGCUCUUGUGUGACUCACAUAAAGGAGGCGUGUCUGUAGCAAGGCAGGCUACUUCUCAUUACCCACUCCUGGUUAAUGUGAUUGGCUGUACUAGCUAUGUUUCCAUGAACUUGUCCAGUGAUAUGUUUUUGUCAACAUUUAGAACGUUUGCAUAGAAAAUAGAUGCGACAAUUGUCUGCUAGGGUCCGUUUCCAUUUAACUAUCUUGUGGCGAUAAAAACAGCUGGACAUAAUGACGCCACACCAAUUUUUUGUUGUCGUUGCAAAAACCUACAGUGUCGAAUAAAAUGUUUGUGGUUGAAGUGUUUCCAUUAACCAUUUAGGCAAAUUGUGAAUUAAUAAAUUGUUGACAGACUGUAUGCCCUCCCACAUAUCUGUUUCAUGUCUCAAGGUAUAGCCCGCGAAAGCUAGCAUGUAUAGAAUGCAAUAAUUUACUAAUAUUAACCAUAUUCUAAUAAUUAUCAUGUGCCAACAUAUCGCCAUGGUGAAACUUGCACUACUGUAGAUCUUAAAUAAGUGGACGACAAGUUUCGAGCACUUUCACGAGGUGCUGAAAUCCCACAUGCUCCUCAACCACCAAGAAUGGGUGCAUAUCCGCGGCUAUAAACAGGCUACCUAUCGCUCUCGUAACUUCUUUGGUCCGGUCAGAAUCAACUGCGAAGAGCUGCUUGAAUGCAGAGGGGAGACGAAGUUGUGUUUUAUUUUAUUUUUUUGCGUUUACGUUUUGCUCAAGGGUAGGAAUACUGGGGUGAUGUCGGCGUAAAUGUGUCAAUGUGUUUAAGAUGUUGGCAGCUCCAUAGGCUAUUCUCGUUGAGCAGUGGCGACAUACUCUCUCUGUACAUCGCCGUUGUAAUCUACUGGGAAGGCCAAAUGUUCCCAAACUGGAGAUUUAAAUGAUGAUGGAGAAUCCUAGUUUAACGACCACACCACUCGCUAUCGUACAGCACUAGUUCCGGGCUGCGCCUUAUAAAAGGACAGUUUGACAUGCGCCAAUUAACAUUUGAAUUGUGAUUACAACGUGCGCAUAUUUUUUUUUUUUUUUUAACGGAAUAGCCUGAUGUAUUUUUUUCCCAGCUCAGAUUUACGCAAGAGGCCUAAAAUGCAGUGUAGGCCUAGUGUUUAGUAAAUAUAUUUUGUAUGUAUUCAUUCGGGUUCACAGUGCGGACCGAACCGAGGUCCCAGUACCCUAACACCUCUACUACACACACACAGACACAGACAGAGACUGUGACAGAGGUUGGCUGUCUUGCCAGUUAGAUUAAAAGGUUCUGGGACCUACUGUUAUAUUUACCGACUCUCCGGAGGGUGGCAAUCAAUCUACUUCUUCCCGUCCUUCUCAGCUAUUGCUAUCCCUCUCCUCCUUAUCCCUCCUUCUCUCCAUCCCCUGUCUUCCUAUCCUGGAGGUUUUGAGAUAUAUGAUCUCACAACUCCUAUCUGACCCUGUUAAUCUCUCAGAGUCUGACUUUCUGUCUCUCUGUCUCUCUCUCUCUCUCUCUCUCUGUCAAUUCAAUUUAAGGGCUUUAUUGGCAUGGGAAACAUAUGUUUACAUUGCCAAAGCAAGUGAAAUAGAUAAUAAACAAUAAAAAAAAUUAACAGUAAACAUUACACAAGUGCCAAAAGAAUAAAGACAUUUCAGGUGUCAUAUUAUGUCUAUAUACAGUGUUGUAAUGAUGUGCAAAUAGUUAAAGUACAAAAGGGAAAAUAAAUAAACAUAAAUAUAGGUUGUAUUUACAAUGGUGUUUGUUCUUCACUGGUUUCCCUUUUCUUGUGGCAACAGGUCACAAAUCUUGCUGCUGUGAUGGCACACUGUGGUAUUUCACCCAAUAGAUAUGGGAGUGUCACGGUUUCGGCCGAGGCUGCUCCUCCUCCUGGUUCGGGCAGGCUUCGGCGGUCGUCGUCCCCGGAGUACUAGCUGCCACCGAUCUUUGUUUCAUGUUCGUUUGGUUUUGUCUUGAUGUUGUACACCUGUGUCUUGUUAGUCCUCGUUAGUGUCCUAUUUAGUUCUCGUUGUGUGUGUUUGUCUUUGUGUGUGAUUGCUCUUCUGUUUCGUGUUGGAGCUACGUACUUCCCUCCAGUGUUUUGGAGAGGUUUUUCGCACAUGUUAGUGCGCCGUUUGUUUGACGCCUGUGUGCGCCGUUAUUUCGCCUUCGGGCUUAUUGUGCUUAUUUUCUACGUGAAUAUUGCACUAAAGUCUUUUGGACUGAGCUUCUGCGUCCUGCGCUUGAUUCAUGCACCACACCCACCUUCAGCACCCCUUGACAGGGAGUUUAUCAAAAUUGGAUUUGUUUUCGAAUUCUUUGUGGGUCUGUGUAAUCUGAGGGAAACAUGUGUCUCUAAUAUGGUCAUACAUUUGGCAGGAAGUUAGGAAGUGCAGCUUCAGUUUCCACCUCAUUUUGUGGGCAGUGUGCACAUAGCCUGUCUUCUCUUGAGAGCCAGGUCUGCCUUCGGCGGUCUUUCUCAAUAGCACGGCUAUGCUCACUGAGUCUGUACAUAGUCAAAAAUUUCCUUAAUUCUGGGUCAGUCACGGUGGUCAGGUAUUCUGCCACUGUGUACUCUCUGUUUAGGGCCAAAUAGCAAUCUAGUUUUCCCUAAUGUUUUUUAAAUUAUUUCCAGUGUGUCAAGUAAUUAUCUUCUCUCUCUCUCUCGCUCUGUCUGUCUCUCUCGCUCUGUCUCUCUCUGUCUCUCUCUCGCUCUCUCGCUCUCUCUCUCUCGCUCUCUCGCUCUCUCUCUCUCUCUGUUCUUUAUCUCAGUCCCAGUUGGACAUGUCAGUGUGCUCAUCCGGUCUGACUAACUGCCUCACUGCAGCAGAGACUUAAAACCUGCAGACCUCACUGGAACAUAACGUACCCCAGACCCAAACAGAACUGUAACACAAUCUAACAUAUCACCAACUAACAUAUCACAACCUAAUGUAUUGCCACCUAACUAGGUCUCUCUCUUGGAAAAUAGGCUCAAACAUCAGGGCACUUUGUGGUAAAUGUACAGAAAUGAGUCUAAAUAUUCAUACUGUCUCAUCUCCAACCUGCCCUGAACUCCCUCUGGACCUCUGCUGACAGACUGUACCAUAACACAGUGUUAUGUAACAGAGUUAUGUGUCUCAGUGUAACCUAGCAACAGAAUAGUCCUGUGUAGCUCAGUUGGUAGAGCAUGGCGUUUGCAACGCCAGGGUUGUGGGUUCGAUUCCCACGGGGGGCCAGUAUGAAAAUGUAUGCACUCACUAAAAAACUGUAAGUCGCUCUGGAUAAGAGCGUCUGCUAAAUUACUAAAAUGUAAAUAGACUUCCCUAUGAACACCCACUCUACUCUGUCACUAGUCUACAGGUUGUCCGGGUCAGCUGAGACACAGGACUAAUGUAAACUCUGUGUGUGUGUGUUGCAGGUGUCUGGUAUCGUGGGCAGGGCGGAUGUCUUGGCCUGCAUGAUGUUCCUCCUGGCAUUUCUCUCCUAUAUUAGGUAAGAAAACCUCUCUCUCUCUCUCUCUCUCUCUCUCUCUCUCUCUCUCUCUCUCUCUCUCUCUCUCUCUCUCUCACUACUCUGGAGGACGGAUUGUGUAGAGUUUUUUACACUGUGGGAGGUUUUUUCUGUUUACUUAAUAGCGCUCACUCUCUUCUCUCUCCCUCCUUCCUCUCUCUCCUCUCUCUCUCUCUCCCUCUCUCUCUCUCCAGGAGUGUGGGUGUGUGUGGCUCCGCAGACUCUCUGCCCUCCACGGUGUCUGUGUGGGCACUGGGUGCCAGUCUGCUUCUGGGCACCUGUGCCAUGCUGGUCAAAGAGACGGGCAUCACCGUCUUCGGGGUGUGUGUGCUCUACGACGCCCUGGUGCUCUGCCGCAAGCCCCUCCUCUUGUAAGUCCACUCUCUGUGUGUGUGUGUGCGUGUCUGUGAGUGGGUGAGCUAAGAUGGCUUGAUUGCCUAAGAAGCCCUUUGUCACAUUUAUCAGCUUGUGUGUGUAUGAGCUGGUUAUAUGCAAUUAGCUGUAUGUGUGUGUUGGAAAGAAAAACAUAUUUGUGUGUGUGUGUACCCUCCACCCAGGUCAUUUCAGUAUUCCUACAGACCAGGGUUCCUGUUAUUCUCUCCUAACUGUUGACUGUUCUCCUAAAAACACAGUUAGACCAGCCAGUUCAUUUGGUGGAUCAGCCAUCUAGAGAGACACAAUAACAUUUGUGUACCGUAACAGCAUGGCCAAAUGUUGGUAUGGGAAUGUCCUGGUUUCUGCCUCUCUGGGGUGUAUAUUACAGAGGAUUGUAACACAGGAUCAGACAAAGUGAGAGACGGGUGAAAACUACUGCUACAUAGACAGCUUGUGUGUGUGUAGUCCACCCUGCCAAAGCCAGGCCCAGAUGUUUUGGGGGCCUCCACCCCAUGCAGUGUUGGAAUGUGCUGGAAUUAGCCUGCGUUCAGUGGGCUGGCCUCUGAUAACGCAUUAAAGGAUUUUACAGUGAGGGUGUAUGUUUGUGUGUGUAUUAGGGGGUUAUGUUAGGGUAACUGUCACAGGCAUCUGUCAUUGAGUCGUGUGGCAGCCGGACUUGAGUGUGUCUGUGUGUGUGAGAGUUUGUUUCUGAGUGUGUGUACGUCAAUGUCCAUGUGUGUGUCUGUGUGUAAAUGUCCAUGUGUGUCUCUGUGUGUAAAUGUCCAUGUGUGUCUCUGUGUGUAAAUGUCCAUGUUUCUUUGUAUUUGGAUGUUUUUUUUUUGCGUUUGCUCAUCACACCUAUAGACUGUUAUCUCUAAUUAACUAACUAUCAUUAAUUGUUACCUGAUUAAAUUAAGCAUGUAACAAUUAACUCAUUAGGAUUUGGGGCACCACAAGAGCGGUUCUUUAAAGAGUUACCAUCUCUUGAAUUAAACUCUAAAAGGUAUUUUACCAAUCACAUCUAUAAACAGUCAACUUAUUAAUCAUAACCUCGUAUCAUAUCAUCAUUCUGAACAAUCGUAACCUCCUUGCAUCUGCAAAAACCUGAGCCUUACUUAUGAUUCAGUACUACACAAAUUGGUUUAAUUAUUUAUUUACGAGCUAAUUAAAUGGGAACACAGGAUAAACAUACACACUCUGCACCGGUUAUUGACUGGAGAAAACAGGUCCCUAGUGGAAUGACAACAACAUGGCUUGUUAACAAGAAGAGAUGGAAAGGGAGAUAGAGAGGGACAGAGAUAAUACUUUGAUAAAUUCAGAAACAACGCUCUUUUACAGUACCAAUAUACUUUGCACACGAACCGCCGCCCUCUUUGAGUAAGAAAUCAUGAAUGUAUUUACGUAGAAUGUCUGGUUCGUCAUGUAUCUCUCAGUGGACAGGACCGCCCUGGAAAGGGAGUUGGGCCUUCUCGCGCCACGCUUUUAAGGCUCUGAUUGUCCAAAAGUUCCAACAAGUAUUCUACUGUUGUUCUCCUCUGUAGUUGUCCGGUAUCCGGUGACUUGUCAUGUAGUCCUGAACAGAACUACAGAAUAGAUUUUUCUUCCCGGCGCUCUUGAAGUUGCUUCUUUGAAGAUUGCCAGCCGUAUCGAUGGUUCCCCAGUGGGGUGAUGAGAGUAGCAGGAUGUUUCUACUUAAAUUAGCUUUCGAAGAUACCUUACUUAGGACAGCUAACCAGCCGUACCAGUGAUAGUCCGGAGGUGAGUUUUCCUUCUCUACCUCGUAUUGCAAUUCAGAGUUCAAACCACUUGAGACGUGCAGCUGCAGCUUUACAUCUUUCUGGUCUGCAUGUUCAUUUCUUUAUCAAUCCUUAAUGCACUCUGGUCGAAAGGGGCGGAUCCGUCAGGCUGACACACUCUCUGACCUCACUCGGUGCGUGGCUACUUACUGUGCAAAGUUUAUGGGAAACAAAUGAUCUCUUAUGGCUCCUAAAAUCACAUCCCUAUCAUAAGAAAAAUACUUUAAUAAUUUUUCAUAUUUCAUUCACAACGUAUAGGAUGGACAUUUCACAUAUAAAGGGGGUAUACUUUCCAAGUUACAGUAUUUCCUUUAUAAGAUUUUUAAUGACAUCACAAAAUAACAACCCAAUUGACAUUAGUGUUCUGUAGACCGUUCUAUGGAGCGUUCGAACUGUGUGAGUGCUACCACUGAGCAGGCUGACAGACAGCCCUGGACUACAGGCCUCUCAUAGAGACUCUCACUGCUAAGCCUCUGAAAUAGCCUUUAGUAUUGUUGUAGUAUUACAACAGCUGUACUGGUCUGAUAGUGAAUGAGUGCACCACUAACCCCUACUGUGGGCUGAUGAAUGGUGUAUAGUACUAAUGCUGCUACUUGCUUUUUGUGGCUUUGCUUUUUCUCUCUGUUGCUCUGGACUAAAGCUGCCUGCUAAGUAGUUUGUGUAGACUCCUGUAGCUUUAAGACACUGUUCUGUUGGCUAAGUUACAGUACAGUGUUGUCGCUUUUUCAGGAAAUAGUGUUUUACUAGUUUUUUUGCGCUCUGCCAUUGCGGUUGUAUUCCCGACCCACACGCACACACACGGACGGACGCACACACACGGACGAACACGAACACGAACAGCUGUGUUGGCCUGCUGCCAGGCCUGGCUGUGUGUUUACAUGGCACAGCAACAUGCCUCUGCGUCUCUAGCCAGAAAACACACACAAACUGCACACACAACUUCAACUCCCUCCAGCCACCAGAGAACGCCCAGAGUUAUGGCCACAAUCUGGCACUGUGCCUGGGCCACAACCCUGAUCUCUGCCCCCUCUCCUUCAUCAUCCACCAAAACCACCACUGA